AUGUUCAAGUCGGCAAGUUAUCUCGUCGUUCUUACCAACUUGGUUAUUCUGGUCUUCGCACAGGCGCCUCAGUGGGGUCAAUGUGGUGGAAGUGGAUGGACUGGGGCCACGACUUGUGUAGCCGGUUCUAUUUGCACAAAACAGAACGACUAUUAUUCCCAGUGCCUCCCCAGUUCUAACCAACCGACCUCGACGACCACAAGCAGCGGAGGAACCUCCACACCAAAACCUCCUGUCGUCACCGCGAACGCAAACUAUUGGUUCAGCUUCGGCGAUUCAUACACACAAACAGGUUUCGAUGUCACCGGUACCCCACCCGCUAUCGGUAACCCACUCGGUAAUCCCCCUUAUCCUGGUUGGACUGCAACCGGAGGCGAAAACUGGAUCGACUACGACACGAAGACUUAUAACAGGUCUCUCAUCCUUACUUACAACUUUGCUUACGGGGGCGCUACGAUUGAUGCCAAGCUCGUUCCUCCUUACACUCCCACUGUCCUAUCGUUGACGGACCAGGUCAACCAGUUUUUGAGCUGGAACGGUGGGGUUGGAAAGGGAGUGUGGCAGUCGGGGAAUACGCUGUUUUCUAUCUGGAUUGGGAUCAACGAUAUUGGGAACAGCUAUUACCAGAGUGGAGAUAGGGCAGCGUUCUCGGAUACGUUGUUGAACGCAGAGUUUGCGCUCGUUCAGAAACUUCGAUGCUGGGGCUAG